CUCCACCCUUAUCUCCCUCACACAGUGAACUUAAACCUCCCAAUAUAUCUCCAACCUCUCCACAAACUCUCUCUCACAAACUCUCUCUCUCUCUCUCUCUCUCUCUCUCUCUCUCUCUCUCUCUCUCUAUGCUCUUACGUACAGCAAAGGCCAAAGAAACUAUGGAGAAUUAUUAUAUGACCAACAACAAGCAAUACCAUGGUAUGUUAUCCUAAAAGGACAUAUAUGCUUUGUAUACCACUCUCUUAGAUCUACAACAUGGACUCUGCGGCCGCCGCCGCGCUCCCGUUGCCUGUAUUUUCGCCGUCGAGCUUGGUCGACAUGCCCGAACUCAUGGAGAAGGGAUGGGGCCAGAGUUGUAGGAAGGCGAGGCCGUCGAUGAGGUUCUUCUUCUCCGACGACGAUGGAAACUGUGACGGCGAAAACUUAUCCUCUCAUGGCCAACAACACCAUUUUCUUGAUGCUUGUUUUCUCUGCAAAAGGCAUAUUUCCGGGGACAAAGAUAUCUUCAUGUACAGAGGGAACGCACCGUUCUGCAGCAAGGAGUGUCGGAACGAGCAGAUGGAGAUGGACGAAGCCCUCGAGACCGUCGCGCGCCGCCAAAGCCUCCAAUCCUCCUUCCCCUUGUCCUCUCCUGCACACAAAAACUGCGCAGUAAACCACAGCAGCACCAGCACCAGCAGCAGCAGGGUGGAUGUUAGCAGGAGACCAACAAUCCUCAACAUGAGAGGUGGUUCCCCUCUUGUUGCUUGAUAAAUGCGCAUGGAUGCACCAAUAAAUAAAUAAAUAAAUAAAUAUAUAUAUAUAUAUAUAUAUAUAUAUAUAUAUAUAUACUAUCGGAAAGUACAUAGAGGAUUUGAUGCUUCCGAUUUUUUGGCCAAUCAUUUUUAAUCUUUGGAUUAGUACUAUUACCUUAUGGGGACCACUCAACCCUAAAAGUACGACUCAAUUCUAGGAAGGGACUGUAAUCAUCCCAACCGUAGAAUUUUUUAUCCAAAGAUUAAAAAAUCGAAAGUACCGAAUCCUCUAUACUUCCGAUAGUAUAGUAGCUCUACACUAUAUAUAUAGAGAGAGAGAGUAAAAUAGUAAGUUUUUAAUUAAUUUAUGAUCUGAAUAAUGCAACCAAAAAGGAAUUGUAAUCCCCGCAGCUCCUCAUCUGAAGCUGCUGUAGGGUUUACAGCGCGACAUCCUUUUCGGUUGUCCGGUCCGCAUGCUGCGGCCGACGAGCAGCUUUUUGAAAAUGCUCCCGUCGCGGAGCUUUUUCAAAUAUGGGGUUUUGCACGUGCGCGCACAACCGCACGGCCAAACACUCCCCAGUUAUAAAAUUACAACCCUUUUUGAAUUGCAAACCUCGCAAUGUACCCUUUUUCUCUCUCUCUCUUGCUUUUCUUUUUUCCCCUUCUUUGCAGUUUUAUUCUGCAUGCGUGUAUGAGGGGAAGAGGACUCGCAGAACGACAGAAAAGCUACAUGUUGUAGUGUAUGGCAUGUUGUAUGGUUGUUGAGGUGUGAAUUUGAAUUCUCUGAAUCUCUCUCUACAUCUGAAUCUUAUGGAUUGAUAAAAACAGAUUAUGGAAGUUCUUCAAUUUCUUUGUUC